AUGAACGAUGAGUCAGAGAUUAAUUUUGAUGACAUCUCAGAGGAUGAUGGGCUAAUGAAUAAUGAAUAAAAUGAGAAUAAGCAAAAGGAAUAGACAAACAACUAAGAAAACGAAAAGGAUAAGAAAGAUGAGCAAGAAGAAAAUUAAAAAAACUAAGAGAUAGAUGAAGAAUAUGAAAAUUUUAGUGAUGGUGAUCAAUAGGAAUAAGUUAAAAAGAAUAAUAAAAAAAAUAAUGGGUAUUUUGAUGAUGAUGAUGACGAAAUUGAAAAAUUGGAUUAAGGUGAUUAGGAAAACAAAGCUUAGGAAUAAAGUAAAGUUGAGGAACAAGUUCAACAAUAAUAAGAUGAAAAUGUUGAACACCAAACUCCACUUAAGGAAUCAGAUAAAGAUUAAAAUGAAAUUAAUGAUAAUUAGUCUAUUGAGAAAAGCAAUCAUAGUGAAUAAAAAUAAGAACCAAAGUCACAAGAAAAAUAGGAUAAUGAAUCAUAAUAAGAUCAUUAAAACUCAGAAUUUAAAGAUGAAUAAGAUUAAAAUAACUUGAAUGAGGAAGUUACAUCUCAAGAAGGAAAAAAAAAUGAAACUAAAGAUGAUGAAGAAAAAUAAUCAAAUAAAAAUGAAAGUAUCAAAGAAGAUGAAAGUCAAUAAGAAUAGUAAUAAUAGGUUGUUGAAGAAAAGAAAAAAAAGAAUAAAAAAACAAAGGAAGAAAUUGAAAAGGAAAAAAAAGAAAAAGAAAAAAAGAAGAGAGAAGAAUUAAAAAAACAAAUGGAAAAUGAUCUUAAAAGCUUUGAGAUAUUCAUAAAAGAAAAAUAAAUUGAAGAGGAAACAAGAAAAUAAGAAGAGAGAAAAAAAAAGCUAGAAUAAUAUUAAUUCUAAAGAAAAUUGUAAUAUGAUACUUUGUAAUCCAUCAAUAAAGUCUCUAUUUUAUAACCAAAUUUACCUUAAGUCAAGGCCAAUUACAGAAAAAGAGUUUAAAUUAGCGAAGACAUUCAAAUGACUAAGAAAGCUUAAGAAUUAGUGUAAAAAUACAAUGCAGAAAGACAAGGUUCUUUAGAAUAGUAUUAAUAAAACCUACAGAAGUCAAUUAACGAGAGAAGCGCUUUAUUUUAAAAUAAAAAUACGGAAGCAAUCAAGGAAGUAUAAAAAUAUGAAGCAAAUUCAAAUAGAAAUAAAGAGGAUCCCAUAAAAUUAAAUAGCUAAUCGUCACAAGGAAACUUAAAAAAUAAAAAGAAAUGA